AUGAGAGGUGGCUAUCGUGAAGAGGGAGGCAAAGGCAUAUCUAGAAAGAAAACACAUAAAAUUUUUCCUCUCCUCUCACCUUUCGAUCCUUCCUCUCUACCUUCAACAAUCAUCAUCAUCAGAACCCAACUACAAACACCAUCCUCAUCCAUUGAAUCAACACUCCGCUCUGCUCAAUGUUCAUCAGCAUCAGUUCACAAUCUCGCCGAUUCCAGCCUCUUCCGCGAUUUGUCACAGUCUCCUACCGUACCUUCUGGCUACUUCAACUUCAAAUUUCCGUCAAGCCUACUGUCAGCUCUGUUUCAGCACAGCAACACUCCUUCUUAG